GGAUUUGGUAAGAGGCGUUGUCGCACACCAACAAGCUCUUCCAGGAUUAGCUAUAUACCCGCCGCUCAGCACACAUUUUCAUACAUUGCACAUUUAGGCGCUCGGUGCAGCACACUAAUCGUCAGAGUUUAAAAUAUUCCAAGAAAUAAAGAUUUAGCAAUGGCCAACUACAUUCACGUACCCGAUGAAGCUCCCGCUGUGCCCAAAAUAGAUGUUACAGUGGACGAAAGCGACUACAGAUCUGGUGCACUGAAGCUGUUGAAGGAGCUGAGACCGAGCUGGAAGCCAUCUGAGGUCAAAGUGAAGUUUUUCACAGAUGGGAUAACCAAUAAGCUGCUGGGCUGCUACGUGGGUGCAGUCAUGCAGGAUGUGGUUCUGGUCCGUAUUUAUGGCAACAAAACAGAAUUGUUGGUUGACCGAGAAAACGAAGUAAAAAGUUUCAGAGUACUACAUGAAAACCGCUGUGCCCCACACCUAUACUGCACCUUCAACAAUGGUCUUUGUUAUGAAUUCCUGCAAGGAACUGCCCUGGAGCCUGAGCAUAUUCGCAGCGCACCUGUGUUCAGUCUCAUUGCCAGGCAGCUUGCCAAGUACCAUGCCAUCCAUGCCCACAAUGGCUGGGUGCCGCAGUCUGACAUGUGGCUGAAGAUGGGAAAGUACUUUGCUCUCAUCCCCAAGUACUUUAAGGACCCUGCGCAGAACGCCAGGUUGAGUAUGGAGGUGCCAAGCCCACGGUGCCUCCGAGAAGAGCUGGUGUGGCUCCAGCAGAGCUUGUCUGUGCUGGGCUCCCCCGUAGUUCUCUGCCACAACGACCUGCUCUGCAAAAACAUAAUUUAUAAUGAGGAGGCAGGCAAUGUAAAGUUCAUUGACUACGAGUAUGCUGGGUACAAUUACCAAGCCUACGACAUUGGGAAUCAUUUCAAUGAGUUUGCUGGCCUGAAUGAGGUGGAUUAUAGUCACUACCCAGAGCGGACCUUUCAGCUGCCGUGGCUCCGCUCCUACCUGGAGGCCUAUAAGGAGCACAAAGGCCAGGGCAGUGAAGUAACUGACAGAGAGGUGGAGAUUCUUUAUGUCCAAGUCAACCAUUUUGCCCUGGCAUCUCAUUUCUUCUGGGGUCUCUGGGCUCUGAUUCAGGCCAAGGUCUCCACCAUCGACUUUGACUUCUUGGGAUAUGCAGUCCUGCGCUUUAACCAGUACUUCAAGAUGAAACUGGAUGUGGCUGAGCUGAAUUUACCCGAGUAAAAGCCCCCGCCCCCUCAUCUUCUCCUCCUCCUGCUCUUCCUCCCUUCCAAUCUGCUCUGAGACUCACAUGAUGACUGCAGAGCGCCCUGUAGGGUUUGUUAGUAGGAAAGCGCCAGACUGAGAGUCUUUCCUGUUCAGUGCCUACAGGGUCCCUCUAAAUGUCCGUAUCUCUAUAGAUUGAAUGGACCACGACCUUCUCCAUCCAAUGCUGUCGCGCCUUUGUAAACUGGUAGCCCAAAUCAUUUGUAAUGUGGGCAUAUGUGAAGUAGACACUUUUAAGACCUGCUACAAUGUGAAGCCCACAUGGCUGAAUUUAUUCUGGUCAUUUCAAUUAUUCUAAUAUCAACUGGGAUAUAAACAUGAUAUUGGUGUAUUUUAUUUGUAUAAGCAGCUUUUCUUGUAGCUCAAAUUACUAAGUUGGUAGUGGAAUGUCACCUUAUUCACCACCAACCUAUAGUAAUCACUUACAUGACUGACCGGUGGCCCAAACACUAAUCUGAUCACCUGGAGACAGCUUCCUCAUACUGUAUGUGCAUUCUAGCCAGCCAAGCUAAUGACCAAAUUUAUAUUUACAUGAAAGCAAUACAAAGCCUUCUUUGUUUGCUAAAGAACCAAGAUGAAAGAAUAAAAAAAUAAAUUCCAACAUGGAAAGGCCAGUGCUGGCCCUAAAUCCCACGUGAGAUGAGUCACUCAAAAACAAAACAGAAAACGAAAACAAACUUGUGGCCUGCCUUGUGACUCUCUUGUUUUCAUCAGCAUCCUGCGCAUGGGUGGUGCACCAGAAUAGCUGUGCAGUCAUUGUGCUGUGUAGUUUGGUAAGGACUUGUGUGUUUUGACUUGCUGGACUGACGGUAGAACCAUUGAGUUGUAAGGAGAGCAUCAAUAUUUGUACUGCAUAUCAGUGAGCGGUCUUUUGACUUGAGGGAGAUUUUCACUGUAAUGUGCGUUUCAUGUUUGUUUUGACACUUGGCUUUUGUCAAAGUCUUGACUGGGGACAAGCUUGCAUCUCACUGUAAUUUGAACAUUCCAUGUUCAUAAUGCUAGAUAGGUAAUUUGGUUGUAGUUCACAUGGUAAGUUAGCAGUGCUGGGGACGUUAUUCACUGUGACAUUGACUGAAAGGCAUGCUGUACUAAACGAGACCAAACAAUUAUAUUGUCUGCUCCGUGUCAGGGAAGGUUUGGGAAUCGUCUCUAAUAUUACAGAACACUGCUGUUCAGUCCUAAUGAAGUAAGUUUUUUUUUUUACACUUUUAGACCAGUUUUCACUCCCGUGUGUGUGUGUAUUAGGACAAGUGUGAUACGGCCUUGCUGACUGUCAGAUUGCUGAGCCAUUAUUGGUAUGCACAUUUUUAAGCGCCCAAUGUUGAAAGAAUUUUGGGGGAAAAGAAAGAAAGUGGAGUUGGUUGCUUACAUACAUACAUACUGUUUUGUUAAAAACAUUGUAAUGAAAGUCAGCUGUUAGUGGGACCUGAGGAGCAAGAGCACCAUCUGUUGGAGAAAAAAAAUAAUGGCUGCUGUCGGUGACUGUUCUUGUUAUUCACCUUUGACCUUCAUGUUAAAAUGUUCAUGGUUUUUAAAUGAGCUUUAGGAGGCCCUUUUUGAAAAACUAAAACAAGUUAAUCUCUUGGUUACUUUAACAAGCCUACACCAAAGUGCUGACAUCUGUUUUUUGCUUGUACAUAAUGCACACUAUCAUUUUCCAUGUAGCAAAAAAGAGAAUUAGAAUAACUAUUAUAGACUUUUUAUACUUGUUGUUGAGGCUGAGGUCUUUGAGAGUGUGUAGAUGUUUGCUAAUGCAGUAGCAGAUUACUAUUGGGGCAAAUAUAGCAUAUUUUUUAAAGAAGAAUUACAAAAUUUAAAGUGCCAGAAGAGCACCUGAUUUUUUUCCGAGCAAUUUAAACAUGAGCGUUACAUGUAAAAUAUGAUGAAACACGUUUUCUUGUUUACUCCACAACAGUCUGCAAAUCGCAUGUUUGCCCAGGUAUUCUCAGUUGCAACAAGUUUGCAAAGCUCCGUGAAGAGCCAUUACUGACAAGACUGGUCCAUGUCUCAUGUUCACACUCCUCUGCCCGUGUGCCUGUGAAAGCUCUUGUUUUGAAAUUACGGGUUUGAAGGUUAGGCCUAUUAUUUUCUUUAUUUUAGUGUUGUGUUUUUCAUGCUGUAAAAAAAAAUCUAAAUUAAGAUGGAAGAAUUAAGAAGUAGUUUGUUGGGCCUAAUAUGAAUUUAAAAUAUAUGUUUAUAUUUGGUGGUAAAGAAUUUUGAUACGUUACUGGUUUAACUUGAGUUGGAGGAACGAGAGAAUGUUUUCUGUUGGGUUAGUAGUAACUAUCAGACUACAUUUACACAAUGCGUGAAAUUGAAUGCACUUGUCUAAUUUGACUGCCACGUAAUCAGAAUGGUUAAAAUUUUAUAAAUACUGCUGAAAUAUUUCCUAUAUGCUUUAUUUCCCCAUCCAUCUGAAAUGAAUGCUUUUUCACUGUACAUUAUACAUAGGCCAUCGUAGUACUGCUAAAAAUAUGAACCUCCACUACUAUUUAACAUUGUACAAAAGUCUGUCCUAAAAAUUCUCUGGCCACUUUAGCAUAUGUUUAUAUGUACAGUAAUCACAUUUAAUAAUAUCCUUGCUUGUUCUCAAAUGUCAAUGAAUGUACAUAGAGGGAGUUCUUUUUUUUUUUUUUUUUUUUUUUUCUAAAAGUUGCAUUAAAGUGAAUAAUUGCCUGGGGUAAGAGUUGAAAUAAACAAAUGACAUUUUCAAUACUGUAAACAUGCUUUGAGAAAUAAAGUCUAUUUACCCUUA